AUGGUGCCUCUAGCAUGGACAGUGUUCUUGUGCUUCGUCAGCAGUGCUAGAUCGGGUGACGCGAUUUACAACGAAACUGCUUCUGCUACACCAACUAUUGGUAGCUUCUCUGGAUAUGCUCUCGAGAUGCUCAUGGUAAAGCUGGACCACAUGCAGCAAAGUGUUCUGCAACUACAGAUCGAAUUGGCCAAGCAGCGGGAAGAGGUUGCGCAAAGCAAGGCGCACAUGACCGUGGGACUAGACCAAAUGCAGCAAAGUUUUCUGGGGCUACAGAGCGAAUUGGCCAAGCACCGGGAAGAGGCUGCUGACAUUGGGAAUGCAAAGACUGGGGCAUACAUGAUCCAGGCGAACGAUGAAAGCAAACAAUUUCUGGCUCGCUGUCAGCGGGAUAUGCAGGCUGUAGGCAUCUGGUUAGUGAUACAGUUCCGAUUCGACGGAUCGCUGGACUUUUAUCGCAACUGGACCGAGUAUCGGAACGGUUUUGGUCACAUUAAGAAUGAGUUCUGGAUCGGACUGGAACGAAUACAUCAGCUGACAUCGGGGCGACCCCAUGAACUGAUGGUUGAGCUGAGAAACUUUAGGGGGAAUUAUAAAUUUGCACUCUACUCAGCAUUCGAGAUCGGUAAUGAAACCGAACAAUACAAUCUGAAAACCCUUGGAGCGUACCACGGAACUGCAGGCGAUUCUCUGUCACAUCAAAAGAAUAUGAAAUUCUCGACGUACGAUCGUGAUAAUGACAUGCAGGGCUUAAAUUGUGCUGAGAUACAUGAGGGUGCCUGGUGGUACAACCUCUGCAGUCAAUCCAAUUUGAACGGGCCAUACAAGAAUACAGUAGAUAGUAAAUCAAUAAACUGGUACCACUUCAGCAAUUCCCAUGAAGGACUGAGCUUUUCAAGAAUGAUGAUCCGACCAAAAUAA